UAAUUUAAAACAAGGCCCCCACUUCACAAACUUCAAAUCGGUAUUAUAUUGUUUUUCACGUUAAUUGGACUAUAUUUAACUUUUUUUUGUCCUUAAUAUUUCAGAAUGAGGCUUGAAUUAUAGAGUGUCAAGUUGUGGAUUUUUUUGGCCAAUCAGAAGAUUACGGUCGAUAUUGGACUUUUAAUUUUGGAGUUAAAAUUAAAAAAAAAAACUACUGGCUUUAGGCAAUAAUGGUGACAUGAUGAAAAUGGUAGUCUUGUUCGCACCGUAAAGCCUCUCUUUCCUCUCCUUCAAAUUUUAUAUGCAGUCGGGAGUUGGGUUAUCAGCUACACCAGAAAUCCUUCAAACUCAACUCUCUACGGCUCUACCCGCUGGCUUCUUCCCUUUUCUUUGAGCUUCAAAGGGAGAGAAAAGCUAAAUCGCUUCAAUGUCGUCUGUACUCAACACUUUCUCCUCCUUAAGCCUAUCCAGAAUCUACAACAACAAUCACCUCCAAGCCCCAACCCACUCCAAUUUAACUUCCGCUUCUGUCUCUUUCACCAGACGGAGAUUGAUUGUGAGGGCGGCGGACACUGAUACAAAUGAAGCGAAAUCUAAGGCACCGUAUAAGGCACCCGCCAGUGGUGGGUCAAGCAUCAACCAACUUCUUGGUAUCAAAGGAGCUGCUCAAGAAACUAAUAAAUGGAAGAUUCGUCUACAACUUACAAAGCCAGUUACUUGGCCUCCAUUGGUAUGGGGAGUAGUUUGUGGAGCUGCUGCUUCAGGAAACUUCCACUGGAAUUUGGAGGAUGUUGCCAAAUCAAUUCUUUGCAUGAUAAUGUCAGGUCCAUGUCUCACAGGCUAUACUCAGACUCUCAAUGACUGGUAUGAUAGAGAGAUUGAUGCAAUUAAUGAGCCUUAUCGUCCGAUUCCUUCAGGGGCAAUACCUGAGAAUGAGGUUAUUAGCCAAAUCUGGUUGCUACUCUUAGGAGGCCUUGGCAUAGCUGCUUUACUAGACGUAUGGGCAGGACAUGACUUCCCGAUUUUAUUUUACCUUGCUUUGGGAGGAUCCUUGCUAUCGUACAUAUACUCUGCUCCUCCUUUAAAGUUGAAACAAAAUGGCUGGAUCGGAAAUUUUGCUCUUGGAGCAAGCUAUAUCAGUUUGCCGUGGUGGGCUGGUCAAGCUUUGUUUGGAACCCUUACACCAGACAUAAUUGUCCUCACACUCAUAUACAGCAUAGCUGGGUUGGGUAUCGCCAUUGUUAAUGACUUCAAAAGUAUAGAAGGAGACAAAGCUCUAGGAUUACAGUCACUUCCUGUAGCCUUUGGUGCUGAAACUGCUAAAUGGAUUUGUGUCGGUGCUAUUGACAUAACUCAAAUAUCUGUAGCUGGUUAUCUUCUAGGGGCUGGUAAGCCAUAUUAUGCGCUCGCCCUACUUGCUUUGAUAGUUCCACAAGUUGUGUUUCAGUUCCAAUACUUCCUAAAAGAUCCUGUUAAGUACGAUGUUAAGUAUCAGGCAAGUGCACAGCCAUUUCUGGUGCUUGGUUUACUGGUGACUGCGUUAGCAAUGAGCCACUGAUGAAAUAUGACAGCCUGAGGAAGAAAAGCGAUGAGGGAUCAAAGCGAGCUGAUGAACAGUGUAAAUUGUGACGGGCGAAAAAAGCUACCGAAUGAAGUAGCGUUUGCUCAAAAUGUAGUAUCUAAGUUAUGUAAGCUUCCACGCGUCCAGUGGCUAGUCCUUCCUGGUUUCCCCGUGAUAAUAAGGCUUGUCAUCAUGCGCGUUCUUCUUCGAAUUAUUCCCACGACAGCCAAUUUUCUCGAUUUUAAAUUUUUAGUGUAAUUUUGGUUUUUUUUUCUUUCCCUUUUGCCUACUCUGUUUAUAUCCCCUCGUCUUGGGAAUUCUCUAAAAAAGUGUUAUAAAAAAGUUCCUACUAAUGGCAAUGAAGCUUUUUUUUUUGGUUCA